GCAGCGGCAGCAGGCGCGUAGAUACAGACGGCCGCCUCUCCCUCUCUCACUCUCUCACGAAGCGACAAAGAGAGCGAGGGGGGAAGGAACGCCCAAGCGACGGGCCGAGCGAGUAAGAAAAAAAGAGCACCUAGUCGUCCGUCGGACAAGAGGGAUCGUCGUUGGCGACCUGAGAGAUCUGCCGAGGCUUUUUCUUUAUUGACGAGCGAGACGAAACUGGCGUUGCUGGCGACGGCUAACGCAACCACGACCACGUCGUGUGAGACGUCGAAGCCGGUCGAGAACAUUAACGCUCUCGAGUUCUCGCUCCUCUUUCGGCGCUGCGGCUCCGGCUCCCGUCUACUAGGCCCAUCGUAAGGUCAAAAAGUUCGCUCGUUAAAAAAAAACAACCUAGUGCAAAAAGUAUAUAAGUUUACAGUUUGCGUUUCGGUAUGUCAAUGUAGUUUGUGUUGUGCUCUAGUUGAAACAUGAAAAAGUUUAAGUAUAAACCAAAACAUAGUAUUGUAAAAUGUUGACAAAAAUGAAAAACAUAAAGUUUACAACUGUCGGUGCCACCAAAAUGAGUACAGUCUGUAAAUUACAGAAAAGUUAUCGGGAAAAAAGUUUGUUCGAGAAAGUACGUGAGAGUAAAAGUAAAAAGUUAAAGUCCGAGUAUGUAACAGUAAAGCGCGAGUUUGACUUGUCGAGUUCGUUACGAGAGAGAGCACGAGAAACAGUUUCACGUGUCGACAUGCUCGUAGACAUGUUUUCAUGCGUUACAACAUCAAGAGCAAAUAACGCAUGGGCUCUUUUCGACACAGGCUGAACUAGCUUAAUGACAAUGUCGGACUCUGGUUCCGAGAGCUCUUCCUCGGACAGCAACAACGAGGAUCGCGCCGAGGGCUCGACGCCGGAAGGCUCGGUAUCCUCGCAAUCGCAUGGGCGCUCCAAGUCACCGAGCAGCGGUCAUCCCUCGUCCGCCUCCGGUCCGGUCUCACCGCUGUCCGGACCAGCCUCCCCAGCCUCCGGACCAGCUUCCCCAGGUUCGGCUGGCUUCGGCCCUGCCUCUCCAACCUCUGAGCCGGCCUCUCCGAUCUCGGGGCCGGCCUCCCCGAGCACUCAGGCCUCUGGACCUGCCUCUCCCGAGGAGUUCCAGAUCUCGGGUCCGGCUUCGCCCGUAUCUGCCCAGGUCUACCCCAAAUCACCGCUCUCAGCGCCCUCCUCGCCCAAGUCACAGGAUCCGGACUAUGGGCCGACCUCACCGAUGAAGACCGACAGCGAAGACGACGAUGACGACAGAGGCGGCUCCGAGCACAGCUCCUGUCACCACUCGCCUAAGAACUUUCACUACGACGAGUCGAAUUCCGGAGAGGACUCACAGCAUCACUCCGAGGCCGGUAGGAGCUCCGCGAGGUCCGCACAAUCGGUUGACAGGUCGAGCCCAACUUCCGUUAGCUGUCCUCACAUGGACGAUGUUGUCUCACCGAAAUCCUAUGUCUCGGAGCCAAACUCCCCCAGGUCGAAACACAGUGGCUCCAGGCAUAGUAUACCCAAAUCACCCACAGGUAGUUCCGGACGCAGUACACCCAAAAUACCUCGCAGUCCCUCCGAGGACAGGCAGCCACCCUCACCCUCGGCUCCAGCCUCUCGCAUUCCCCACGAGACUGAGUACGAGAUGGAUGGCGAGCAGAUCUCCGACGGGGAGAUGGAAACCGAUGAAGUGGUCGAGCAAGUGAAGGUCGCCGGCCAGGAGGCAGCUCAACUCUCGCACGGCGAAGACCUCUCGGACGUGUCGGACCUCGACAGCGCCGAGGAGGAGACUCUUCCGUUGCCUGUCGUCGAUCACCAGCAGCAGAAGCAUCACCGACCGGAGGGCAAGCUCAAGGGACCCGGGGUUGCCAUGGAAAAUGGGCCUAGUAAUGUCCGCGGCCCAGCGGAUCUCACGACCGACGGAGAGACCAAGAGCAACGGAACUGUCACGGUCAUAAGUGGAAACACGACCGCCCUCAACGAUGAGCCCGAGCAACUCGAUUUCGAGGCCGACGGCCAGUGGAAGGACGUGAAGGAGGAUGGCGAGGCUGAGCAUAAAGAGCAGUCUAAUAAGGAGGCCAAGGAGGUUAAGAAGAACGACGCCGAGGCUAUCGAGACAUCUAGGCCUAAAGAGCAGAGCCUUAAUAAGGAUAAGAGCAAGGAUAAGGGCAAGGACAAGGCGAAGACGAAGGACAAGGAGGUGAUGCGCGAGGCCGGCGAGAUAAAUGACAAGGAGGAGACAAAGGAGGACGGAGAGAAGGCGGAAUCUGAGCUCGAAGAGGGUGAGCUGAGCGACGGUGACGAGGCCCGACCCGAGGAGACCGAGCCCCGUCCCGUAUGCCGUUUUUACAACCGAGGCCAGUGCACGUGGGGCGUCAGCUGCCGCUUCCUCCACCCGGGCGUAACCGACAAGGGCAACUACACGAUGUUCGACAUGGUGCGCCCGAUGGCCUAUCCUCCGCCCCAUCCACCGGGGCCCCAUGAGUUUCGGCCGCACAUCGAGAGGCCGCCGAUGGCGCGACCACCGAUGCCGGGUUACGGGCCCCCGGUGCCCCAUCAUCCACCCAAGACCGACGACGCCGUGUCCGAGAGCGCGUGGGAGCGAGGCCUGCGACAUGCCAAAGAGAUUCGUAGUUGGCGACCCGCAAAAUGGAAGGGGCAGCAAAUUUUAAGACUACUUAUGAUGAGGAAGGCGAACAAGCGCAAGGAGUCCGACAUGGACUUCGAGGAGAAGAAAAUGAACCUUAGCAUCGGUCAGGACGAUUUGGACCGCGAGGCCGGAUACUACGUGAGGCCGGCGAGUCCCGAGCCACCCGUCGAGAGGUGGCCACCAGCACGCGAGGCGCCGCCACGUCGGGGCGCUCCCAGGGUGACGCCCGACCACUACACCGGCGAGCCCGACCCUUACUACCAUACCGGGGCCCCACCAGAGUACUACAGGAGGGUGCACUACAAGGAGCCUCGUACAGCAGAGUACCGGGAGCGCGUGGAUUACCACAUGGUCGCCCGAGGUACGCCUCAUUCGAUAUCUCCGUCGCCCCACCCACCGGACCCGCGGGAGCGCGAACGUGAUUACUACCAUCGAGGCUCGAGCAGCGCUGGUGCCGGCGGAGGCAGUGGAGGCGGCGUUAGUGGCGGUGGAGGCGGCGGCGUUGGCGCAGGCGGCGGCGGAGGCGGUGGUGUCGUUGGUGUGAGUGCCGGUGGCGGUGGCAGCGCUGUCGCCAAGUACGAGAAGAAGCACAAGCGGCCCUCGCGGGAGGUCAUCGUCGAGCGCAUACCAUCGGCGAAGACCUGGCGCGAGGAAGAACCGCCUCCGAUAGAACGUGGCCGGGGAGACGAGUGGGCCGACCCGUGGAUGCGACGCAAGUCCCCAGGAUCGCUCAGGCGGAGACACGCCACCUCGUCCACGAGGCACUCGAGGAAGCAGUCCUACUCAUCCGGAUCAUCAUAUUCGUCAUCGAGCUCUAGCCGUAGCUCGAGUCGCACUAGCUACAGUUCUUAUGAAUCCGUCUCCAGGUCCCGUUCCCCAUCUCCCCCCUCCAGGUCCAGAGUAAGCAGCAAGAAAAUCCCACCCUCCCCACCCCCGAGCUCGGUCUCGUCGCAUCAUCGCGGGGGCGGCGUGGGUCUCGGCGGGGGCCUCGGCGUUGCGGGCGUGGGCGGUGGUACAGCGGCGGCUGCUGCGGCGAUGCUGAUGAAUCCACCAGCCCCGUCACCGCGCGCCUCCUCCAAGCCAGCCUCCUGCUCACCCUCGGUCGCCCUCCAUCGGCGGGCCCUCAACCCCCCGGCCCCGAGUCCCCUUGCCAGUCACCUGAAGCAGCGCGAAAAGGCCAGGGACAAAGCCGCCCUCGCCGCCGCGGCUGUCGCCAAGGUUAUUAAGAGCCACUCCAGGUCCAGGUUGCUACAAGAAAUUGGGACUGUUUCUCGUAAGAAUUUAUUGUGGAACGCAUACUUGUCAGGGCUCGAUGUUGGAAGUGACAAGCAGUCAAACACGAGAGAGAAACUAAAGCGGUCAUCGCAGAGCAGCUCGGGCUCCGACAGCAGCGGCAGCAGCUCGGACUCCUCGGACUCCUCGUACUCCUCCUCGUCCUCGGCGGAGAUCCGUCGACGCAAGAUCUCCUCGCCGCCCCUUGGACGCAAGGAUCUCAAGGAGGUGCUCAAGCUCAGUGGUUCGAAGCUUAAGAUGAGUCUCAAGCCGCAGCAGUCGUUGGGCCUUGGGGGCGGUAGCAAAAAGUCCGACCGUAGCAGCAUCGCCGCGGGCAAGAAGCGCAGCGUCAUCGACUCACCACCGCCAAUGGAUAAGGCGAGCGCCGCUGCCGCGGCCAAGGCCGCCAAAAAAGCCAGCACACGAAGGGAGGAGCUACUCAAGCAGCUCAAGGCCGUCGAGGAUGCCAUCGCCAGGAAGCGCUCCAAAGUCUAGGGGCUAACUAGCUCAUCGUUUCCUAUUCCCUCCAAUCCCAAUAAGCCCCCAAAACCACACCACACCCAACUCGUCUCUAUCGGUUAAACUUGGGUUAAACUUUUCAAUCCUCCAACUCCACCUUUAACCCCACCCCCAACCACCCAC